GAGAAAGGGAGACAAAGAGCGAGUUGAAUCGAGAGAGAGAGAGAGAGAGAGAGGGAGAAGAAUGGAUCCAGAGCAAAUCAACGAGUUCGUUGUGGGUUACUUGAAGAAGAAAGGAUUUAGUGGUGCUGCUAAAGACCUUGAAGACUAUCAUCACCAGAACAAUGGUAGCAGUUUGAGUUCUAUCGAUUAUCAUAACGAUCCUGAGCUCACCAAGCUUAUUCGCUCCUUUUCCCAACAAGAGGAUGAUCCAACUCGGUACCGUGAGUCUUACAGCAAACUAAGGUCAUGGGCAUAUAACUCACUGGAUCUAUAUAAGCAUGAAUUGCUCCGAGUUAUGUAUCCUGUGUUUAUUCAUUGUUACAUGGAUCUGGUGGGGAAAGGGCACACUCAAGAGGCUAGAGCCUUCUUUAACAGCUUCCGCAAAGAUCAUGAAAUGGUACAUUUACGGGAUCUUCAGAAGCUGGAAGGCGUUCUUUCUCCAUCUCAUCUAGAGGAGAUGGAGUUUGCUCGUUCUCUUAGAAAAAGCAAGGUCAACAUCAAAAUUUGUCAGUAUUCAUAUGAUCUGUUACUUCAGUAUCUACAUAGGACAGAAUCAACUUUAAUGCUGGGUAUUAUUAAUGAGCACAUCAAUUUCCAAGUCUACUCGGGACAGCCGACUUCCUCAUCCGAUGACAUAGAGGCUGUCACCAUUGUCGGGAGUUUUCAGGACACAGCUAAUCACAUCAAUCAGAAAGAAAUACAGUGGGGAUUGCUUGAAGACUCGCUAGAAGACCGCCUUGAGAAGACUGGGGGUCUACUGUCUGAUUCUGAGAAGGGACAGGGAGAAAGUAAAGACGGGGAUGCGGAUGAUAGUAAGAAAAGAUCCACUGAAAUUGGAAAGCAAGGCUCUUCCAUAAAAAAGUUAAAGAAAGACAAAGCGGGAAAUGCAACAGCAAAAGUUGCACGUCUGGAGACCAGCACGGUGCCACCAGCGCCACGUGUAAAACCAGAACUUGCCUUGCCAGUAAUGUCUACAGAUGUAGAGCAAUCCAUCCUUGAAGACCUGAGAAACCGCGUGCAGUUGAGUAGUGUCGCAAUGCCAUCUGUCAGCUUUUAUACAUUUAUUAAUACUCAUAAUGGGUUAAAUUGUGCAUCUAUAUCUCAUGAUGGAUCUCUGGUGGCUGGUGGAUUCUCAGAUUCAUCAAUAAAGGUCUGGGACAUGGCUAAGAUAGGACAAUCUGGCAGUGGUGCUUUGCAGGGUGAAAAUGAUACAAAUGAUUCAAUCGGAGGGCCUAAUGGCAGAAGAAAUUAUACAUUAUUACUGGGUCACUCAGGGCCUGUUUACUCGGCCACUUUCAGCCCUCCAGGAGAUUUUGUUUUAUCUUCUUCAGCAGAUACGACAAUACGACUCUGGAGCACAAAAUUAAAUGCCAAUCUUGUGUGCUACAAGGGUCAUAAUUACCCUGUGUGGGAUGUCCAGUUUAGUCCUUUUGGGCAUUACUUUGCAAGCUGUUCUCAUGAUCGUACUGCACGGAUUUGGUCAAUGGACCAAAUACAACCUCUCCGGAUAAUGGCAGGGCAUCUAUCUGAUGUCGAUUGUGUACAGUGGCAUCCCAAUUGUAACUACAUUGCAACCGGCUCUAGUGAUAAGACGGUUAGACUUUGGGACGUGCAAACAGGGGAAUGUGUCCGGAUAUUCAUUGGGCACAGGAGUAUGGUGUUAUCAUUGGCAAUGUCUCCAGAUGGGAGAUAUAUGGCUUCCGGUGACGAAGAUGGCACCAUUAUGAUGUGGGACCUCUCAACAGCUCGCUGCAUCACACCUCUCAUGGGACAUAAUUCAUGUGUCUGGAGUCUCUGUUACAGCGGUGAGGGCUCUCUUCUGGCCUCUGGAUCCGCAGACUGCACAGUGAAACUAUGGGACGUAACCUCAAGUACCAAAUCAACAAAGGCUGAGGAAAAGAAUGGGAACUCGAACAGAUUGCGUUCACUCCGGACUUUCCCCACCAAGUCCACACCAGUUCACGCUCUCCGAUUUUCUCGGAGAAAUUUGUUGUUUGCUGCAGGAGCGCUCUCUAAACCCGCAAGCUGAUCAAAACGAUGGUAUUCAGAUAUUUCCUGCUUUAGCAUUCUUACAAGCUGUUGUAGAUCAGAAGAAAUCAGGUGUAGAAUAGUUAUAUCCAAAGAUUACUUGUUUGUAGCUUCCAUUUCCCAUUUCUAAAUUCCAAAGAUGUUGAGAUUCUUCAAGUGAACUACUCCUGCUGCUUAUGUAUGCCUUAUGUGUCCAAUCCAAGAAUCACUUAUCUUCCACUUGGAGAGCUUACUGCUAUGUAGGAUUAGCCCACAAUGUCCCUUUUUUACUGCCAUCACAUUGUUCUUCUCUCUCUGUCAAUUGCACUACCAUUUAAACA